ACGAGGGGAAAAGCGAGAAAAUCUCGGAGGGGAAAGAAAUGGGCCCGAAGAGAGAAUACGAUGACCUGGCCCAGCCAUCCAGAGCGGGAAGCAGCGGAGACCGCGGCGGCGGCGGCGGCGGCGAUGGCGAUGCUAGACCGACGAAGGCCCCACGCUUGCCCCCACCGCCCGCGCAGUCGCACUCUCGCGACCAGACGGCGCUUCCCACUUCAGCGCCCCCGCCGCCUCCCGCCGACAAGGAUCCGGUGGAGCUGGAAGAAGGGGAGCUAGGAGAUGAUGAAGAUUCAGGGGAGGAAGAAGAAGAUGAUCAGGAUUCGGAAGGGGAGCUCCAGGGGUCACUUCCUGAUGGGAGAACCGACCGUGCCCUCACUGGUGGUUUCGGGUGUCCACAUGCUCGUCCGACAGCAUUAGGACCUCAGGAACAACUCUCGGAAUUGGUUCGUGAAUCUCCAGAUAAUUCCAUCAUCCAGGAAAAGAUGAAGAUUCUCAGUAAGCAUUAUGUGCUCUUCAGAAGAACUCGCCAAGAUGGCAGCUGUUUUUACAGAGCUUUUAUCUUCUCCUACAUGGAGAUCCUUCGACAGAUGCAAGAUAAACAAGCUGAGGUUACUCGUCUUAUGGAAUGCUUGGAUAUGUCUAAAGAUAGAUUCUCUUGUCUUGAGUGGAACAAAGCAUACUUCUCGAUAGAUCCCGAAGAAUACUUCUCAAGUGUUGUUUCUGAGCUCAAUGAGGUUCUCAACGUCAUUGCAGCAGGCUGUACUUCUGAAUGGCUGUACCAGAGAAGCCUGCAGGAGUCCUUUUCAGGCAGGAUUAUAUCUCUCCUUAGGUUGAUUACUGAGACUGAAAUCCGUACUGACGAGUUCUACAAGCAAUCUAUCCCUAAAAAUUUGAAUGUCCUCCAGUUCUGUUGGAAGGCGGUGCGAUCCCUGGAUGCUGAAGCUACCGCUACACAAAUGAGGGCUUUGACAUAUGCACUCGGCAUACCUUUGCGUGUCGAAGUCAUGGACAAGAGCUUGACGGAUCAAGGUGUGUUAGUGAAGCGCCUCGAUUUCUUCCAUGAGUUCGACAUGGAGAAGGGCCCUCUCCGUUUGACUCGGAGCUACCUUUCCUCGAGCACAGCUCGUAUACCGCUGAAGCAGGGAAGCUACGAUGGCGACUUGCUAUCAUCUGAUGGCACACCCAUGCUGACCUUACUGUGUCGGCAUGGCCAUUGUGACAUUCUUUACCGCAAGUGAACAAACUAUGCGAGUUCGCUCGCUCGGCAAAAACUUCCUCCGGGAUGAUUAUGGGGAAACCUUGUAACAGUCCUCUAUAGUGUGUGUGGCCGUUUGUCGGUCUGCUCCACAACAACCCGCGACUACUGCUGCUGCAAGGUUUACCUUG